GCACGUUCUCGAGUGCUAUCAGCUUUGGCCCAUGGCGUUAAGCGCAGAGUCGCAUCAGUUCGGAACAUGCGUAGAAGGCCGUCCUCCCGUAGUUCUCAAAGUCGUUAGCCAGGCUAUGUGGGCCCGAAUCCUAUUGUCAAAUGACCUGGGCGUCGCUGAGGCUUAUAUGCAAGGCGACUUUGAUGUAUCUAGUCUGAAAGCUAUGUUUGAUCUUUGGCUCGACAAUCGUCACGCACUGUCCAAUUUAUCAAGUACAUUUAGCUCUAUUUUUGCACUCUUUUCCGCGGUAGCUAUAAAGGCCCUUGGCCGGCAGAAUUUAACGAUGGCCCGCUGGAAUGUAGAGGUUGCAUACGAUACUUCAAAUGAAUUCUUCAAGUGUUUCCUUAGCAAAGAAAUGAUGUAUUCAUGUGCUAUAUGGGGUGAAGAAGAAAAUGGCGUACGUGGAGAUCUGACCAUCGGACCUACUCCUGGAGACCUCGAAUCAGCCCAGCACCGUAAGAUUCACCAUAUAUUGAAGAAAGCUCGCGUUCGCGCUGGAGACAGACUUUUGGAGAUUGGUUCGGGUUGGGGUGCUCUAGCUAUUGAGGCCGCUCGAUUAGGGUGUACAGUUGAUACUGUGACUCUUUCCGUAGAGCAAAAGGCAAUGACUGAAGAGAGGGCUGCAGCUGCUGGAUUCUCCGACUGCAUCCGUGUUCAUCUGUGCGACUAUCGCAAGCUUCCAGAGGCCUUCAAGGGCCAAUUCGAUGCCUUCGUUAGCUCGGAGAUGUUUGAGGCUGUUGGACCGAAGCACCAUGGUGAAUAUUUCAGCAUGAUGGAUUGGGCUUUGAAGGAGGAUCGAGCAGCGGCUGUUAUCACCGCGACAACGCAAGCCGAGUCUCGCUAUACUGACUAUCAGCCAGAUGACUUCGCUCGCCAUUACCACUGGCCGAAUUGUCAUCUCCCUAGCGCGACGAGCUUUGCUGCUGCAGUGCAAGCUGCUGUCCCUGGUCGGUUCAUCCUGGAGAGCAUUGAAGAUCAUGGAAUACACUAUCCGCGCACCCUCCGCGAAUGGGGCAGGCGUCUUGAGAAAAACUUUAACGGCGAAGUCGCGGAGCAUAUGAAAGAAAGGUUUCCGCAGCUUUGUGACGAAAGGAAUCUGGAAGCAUUCAGACGGAAGUGGAUGUAUAUGUUUGCAUAUGCAGAAGCUGGUUACGCUAAGGCUUACACGUCUUUGAAUUGCUGGACACUCGCUAGGCCGGAAAAUGUGUCCACAGUUUGUGAUUAAAGGAUGGAGUAAAGUCAUACAUGGACGUUGCUGUCGUAGACUGGAUCUUGUGUGCACAUCAUAGAGAGACGUUGCUUGUGAAAUACGGUAAUUUACUAUGAACUGACUUGUGAGAUGCUUUUCUUACC